CCCGCUCCCGAACGACCGCGGGAAAAUUCCAAACACGUCAAAACAAGAAAGCCACCGUGAGGCCACGCCAGGUUUUCAAGCCAGAAGUCGGGCGGUGGCUUCUUUUCCGCCGCAGCCCAAUCUGCUGAGGCAGCUCAGGGCGAGGACCACCCGUGGAGGCCGCCAUUUCCCGCUGGGACAGAGAAGGCUCGCGAGAACGUGCGCCGAGCCUCGACGUGGACGAGCCGCGCUCCCGCGGGGCGCGGAGUCUGAGGCGGGAAGGUGGGAAGAGCCAGCUUUAACCUGAACCACACUUUCUGCUGGCAGCCUAUGUAAAGGACGUGGAAGAAGAAAGCUUGCUCUCCUUGCCGGCUUGCUUUCACUCUCCCUGGCAAGUCCAUUCCUUCAUUGGCAUUAGAGCCCACUGUUUUGGGAUUCUGGUGUAUACUGAAGACCAUCUGAGACAUCCAGCCUCUUGGACUGAACAACUACUGGAUUCUUGAACUUUCCAUUGGUAGACAGCCAUUGUUGGACUAGUUGGACCACAGUCUGCUGCUGUGAAGGGAUGUCACUGUUCUCUGCCUAGAGAUGGCUCAGGAUUCUGCAGACCUUGCUGCAGACUAUCAGUUUUGGCUGCAGAAACUUUCUGCUUGGGAACAGGCCUCCUCUAAGGAAACCCAGCAGGACACCUGUCUACACCUGUCCCAGUUCCAGGAGUUCCUGAAGCAGAUAUAUGAAAUCUUGAAAGAGAUGGAUUCUAACGCAAUCCUGGAAAGGUUCCCCACAAUUGGUCAACUGUUGGCAAAAACUUGUUGGAAUCCUCUCAUCUUAGCAUAUGAUGAAAGCCAAAAAAUUCUAAUAUGGUGCUUAUGUUGUCUGAUGAAAAAAGAACCACGAACCUCUGGAGAAUCAGAACUUAACUCCUGGAUCCGGGGUUUGUUAUCUCAUGUACUUUCUGCAUUCAGAUUCGACAUGAAAGAAAUUGGUCUUUUUCCUGAAAGUCUCGGAUAUGAGUCUGUUGAUUACUAUCCUAGUUUGCUUAAAAAUAUGGUUUUGUCAUUAGUGUCUGAGCUCAGAGAGAGUCAUCUUAAUGGAUUGAACACUCAAAGUCGGAUGGCUCCUGAGCGCAUGAUGUCCCUAUCACAAGUUUGUGUCCCUCUUGUUACUCUGCCUGAUUUUGAACCCCUGGUGGAGGCUCUACUCACCUACCAUGGACAUGAAUCUCAGGAAGUCCUCUCACCUGAGUUCUUCGAAGCUGUAAAUGAGGCCUUCUUGUCGAAAAAGAUCAUUCUGCCCACGUGCUCUGUGGUCAGCCUCUGGUUUCGGCAUCUCCCCAGUCUUGAAAAAUCAACGCUGCAUCUUUUUGAAAAGCUGUUCUCCAGCAAGAGAAAUUGCCUGAGAGAGAUGGAGUGCUGUAUAAAAGAGUCAUUGCUGCCUCAAGCAGCCUGCCACCCUGCCAUUUUCAGAAUCGUAGAUGAAAUGUUCAGGUUUGUGCUGCUGGAGACUGAUGGAGCCCCAGAAGUACUAGCUGCUCUUCAGGUAUUCAUGUCGUGCUUGAUAGAAGCUCUGGAGAAAGAAAACAAGCAGACAAAGUUUUCCCUCAAGACCUACUUUCCUUAUGGUGCUCCAUCUCUCACUGCAGUGCUGGCCCAGCGCCCUGAAGCUAUCCCACAGAGACAUCGGCUCCAGCCUCUGCUGCACAUUUCCCAACUCCUCAGAGAAGCAGUUGAAGACCAUACUCAUGGGUCCCAGCAAGGUCCCUUCGAGAGUUGGUUUCUGUUCAUUCACUUUGGAGGAUGGGUUGAUCUGGCAGUGGAGCAGUUGCUGAGGCAGGAAGCUGAGCCCCCUGCAGGCCUGCUGUGGCUCUUGGUGUUCUAUUACAGCCCACAGGAUGGGAGUCAGCAGAGAGCGCAGAGCAUGGCAGAGCUGAAGGUAUUGCUCAACCGUCUCCUGAUGCUGCUCAGAAGUAACCCCCUCUCAGCUAUCGAUCUGCAGAAAGCAGCUGAGAGCCCCAGGACAGACCCCAGACCACCUGUAUGUGGACAGCUGGCCAGGCGCCUUCUUCUUAGCCUCUUGCUCUGGACCCCAGAAGGCCAUGCAAUUGCCUGGGAAGCUGUCACCCAUAUGGCCCACACAGAUGCUGUAACCCAUGAGAUUCUUGGCUUUCUUGACCAGACCUUGUACAGAUCGGAUCAUCUUUGUGUUGAAGCCUCAAGAAAACUGGCCGGAGAGCUCCUUCAGGAGCUUUGAUCUUAGGUCUAGCAGGCAGCACAGAAAGUGUGGGCACCUGUCUAGGGAGUCUGUCUGUAAAGAGACUGUCUGUGGGGCCCAGAACAAGCGAGAAUGGCCUAACAACCCUGUGCUAGGCCUAGUUCAGUGAUGUGUGACACCUCCUGUGCACUUGGUCCAUCAGUAUUAUGAAGGGAAAGGCCCAGACCACCUGCUACGCUCCAGUCAUGGGUGAACCCUCAUGUCCACAGUCUGGCAAGAUGACAGCUAACACUGACCAAUUUACUGACUCUUUAUCCUUCCCACUCUAAUGAAGUUGCCAGCGAUGGGGGAAGAUGCCCAGGAGCGGGAGACCUGAGCCCUGCAGUGGAUGAGGCUACACCACACAGAUGAGCACCUGCCUCCUUUGCUCCUCAGUGCAGAAAUGUUGCAGUGCAUCCAUUGGAGCAGAGGGAACAGGGGUGGCCAGAGAAGGGUACUUCCUGCCUCCCCAAACUCUGAGAAGGCCAAAACAAACAAACAAAAAACCCUGCCUCUUGGGUGGCCUAUGUCUUGUAAAACAGUGGAUUUGGGAACUGAAAA